CGUUCGAGCCACUCACUCACUAUCUCACUCACUCACUCACCUCCGCCGCCUCGCCAGCCAGUCCAGUCAGCCGCCCGCCCGCCCGCCAUGUCGGCCGCCAGCACCGAGACGAGCGCUCCGCUGCCCACCGCCGGCGGCCGCGUCUUCUUCCAGCCCGCGCCCGGGGUGGGCUGCGUGGGCUCGGCGCCCCUGAGCGCGCCACCCGACGUCGACCCGGUGCAGAAGAAGCACGGCAAAGUCACCGUCAAGUACGACCGCAAGGAGCUGAGGAAGAGGCUGGUUCUGGAGGAGUGGAUCAUCGAGCAGCUCAGCGACUUGUACGACUGCGAGGAGGAAGAGAUGCCUGAGGUGGAGAUAGACAUUGAUGACCUCUUGGAGGUCAACAAUGAUGACGAGAGAGCCAGCAAACUGCAGGAAUCAUUAAUAGACUGUUACAAGCCAACAGAGGAUUUUAUCCGCGAGUUGCUGGGCAGGAUAAGAGGAAUGAGGAAACUCAGCGCUCCGUCUAAGAAGGGUCUAUAAUAGCGGGAAAGCGACGUCGCCUCAUCUCCCUCAGCACCUCCCACCCCCUCCAAUUACACAGCACAUCACUCGGCAAGCAUUCAUCAUGCAUUUUAGACAAUACAUGUACACAAACAAGGGUAAUAUACAUUACUGGACUGUUAAAAAAAAAAAAAAAGGUACGUAGCCUAAUUUUACAUUUCAGAGCCAUGUUUGCUCGUUUCCAGCCAUAGAGACAAAAAAUGUCAAGCAAAGGGAGGCGCUAAAACAUUUGUACUGCAUUUUGUUGUGAGAUUAGCUGUGGCACUGUAAGUAGGCACUAUGUACGUAAGCACAGUGCUUCACUCCGACUCUUCUGCUGUUUUUUUUUUUUACUGAAGUGUUUCGCUGUUACUUGAUAGGAAAAUGCUUUUUAGUUCAUGUCCUGCUCAUUAUCCUCAUGUACUGUAACUUAUUCUGCUUGCAUACGGAAAAGCAAUUUUUGUUUGAUUUUUGUUUUUACAUGUAACCCCCGAAGAGAUAGUGGAUUUUAAAAAUAUAUAUUACUAGCGAAACCGUUUUUAAAUAUGUAUGCUAUUUAACCCACUGUUCUUGUGUACUUUUCACCGCAGCAAGGCAUGAUGGGUGUUGUAGUUCUCCGCACGGGACCGCAAGCCUGUAUGAUUGGCAGCCUUUCAUUUCCCCGUCACAGCACAUAUCGUUUAGCGGUUUGUUUUGAUUCGUGCACAUUUAUCGGUAAGGCUCGCCUUUUAAAAAGGACAUUCAGGAUAUGUUGGACUAUUUCUCAGCGCUCAACCUUAUAACUGUACUGACAGACACAAACAGUAAAGUCAGAACCUGUAGAUGACUUGAAACGUGACACUUUACGUGCCAAACAUGAUUACAAAUGUCAAACAGCGUUGACAUGUGAUACACCAUUCCCAAAGAGGAAGUGUUUUGUCAUGUCGGCUGCAGAAUGCCAGGUUGAUGAAGUGUGUUUAGGUACUUAAUGCAGAGCAACAACACUCAUUUAAAAACCACUUGCCUUUAAAGGUCUCCCAUUAAGCAAAAGAUGAUCCCGAGAGCCUGUUUAUGAGCAUCAACUGUGGAAAAAUAUACAGGUAAAUGGUAAAUGGGUUAUACUUGUAUAGUGCUUUUCUACCUUCAAGGUACUCAAAGCGCUUUGACACUAUUUCCACAUUCACCCAUUCACACACACAUUCACACACUGAUGGCGGGAGCUGCCAUGCAAGGCCCUAACCCCGACCCCAUCAGGAGCAACGGUGAAAUGUCUUGCUCAAGGACACAACGGACGUGACUAGGUUGGUAGAAGCUGGGGAUCGAACCAGGAACCCUCAGGUUGCUGGCACGGCCACUCUCCCAACCGCGCCACGCAGUCUCCACUUUUAAGAGAAGAAACGCUCAAAUGGUUACUUUUUGAAAGCCCAAACCUCCAUCCCCAGGCUUUGCUACAUGUCUUCAAAUAAAAACCAGAGCUCCGCCAAGUGUCUCUCGGUCAUACGUGGGUUCUCGGAGUUGGAUCAGUUGGUCUUUUUUCAGCGAAAAGGCUAACCUAUAACACACUGUUACUGUAAAAAAUGUGAGGACACAUAGCUAACAUUGGCGUCCUUUGGUCCCACUCCUAAAUGGAACCUUGUUGUAUGCGAUAAACGGCAUUUAUUACGUUUGACAAGUGCAGAGUUGAAAGUGUGUAUGUAAAAAGUGCACAACUGCAAUUCUUGGAGACACACACUCUGUCAGACAAACAAAGCUCAUUAGCAUUAAAGCUACAAACACAGUCGGGCUUACUUAAAGCCCUUUUAAAUUGUCUAGACGAGUGGUCCCCAACCUUUUUGUAACUGCGGACCGGUCAACGCUUGAAAAUUUGACCCACGGACCGGGGGGGAGGGGGAUGGUAUUUUAUUUAUUUAUUUUUUUGUCAUAAAAAAAUACAAUCAUGUGUGCUGACUGUAUUGAUCUACAUUGAUAUAUAAUGUAGGAACCAGAAAUAUUAGUAACAGAAAGAAACAACCCUUUUGUGCGAAUGAGUGUAAAUGGGGUAGGGAGGUUUUUUGGGUUGGUGCACUAAUUGUAAGUGUAUCUUGUGUUUUUUAUGUUGAUUUAAUUAAAAAAAAAAAAAAAUUUUUUUUUUAGUUUUUUUUAAAUUUCAUGUGCGGCCCUGUACCAAUCG